AUGAGUGAAAACAACAAUAGUAAUACUCUCCCUCCCCUUUUGCCGUCAACAGAUCGCCAAAUUCGUGCAGUUUUAAAUUCUACAACAAAACUUUCGUCCUUGGAAAAUAACUCAACAGCUUCCACCUCCUUAAUGUCCUCAACUAUGUCAAAUGCUCAUGCUUCAGGACAUUGGUGGACUGUUUUGAUUAUUGCAGCUGUCAUAAUAGUAAGGAGAAUAUUUAUAUUACCGUGUUUUCUUGAUUCUGUAUGUAUUGACUUGUGGUGUGUCCGAUACUAACAGAAUAUGCUAGACUUUACAUGUUUUUCUCAGCCCAGUUAUGAACAAUUGAGUUUCUCUGGGAAGCACGGUCCUUGCUACACGGUGGCCGUGCUUCACUGCGGUCGUGAAGCACGGUCGUGAAGCAUGGCCACGGCGACCGCGAAGCGGCGCCCGUCGUUCCCCUCGACAUUCCCAUCUUCCUCAGCAUCGGCGAAAACCUUUCCGCGGAGGCCUUAUGCAAGGGGUUGAAACAAACGGUCAUAAUUUUCCAAAGUCUUGUUCAAUCAUGGUGGUUUUUUGUGUCAUUCGAAUCAACUCGAUGAGCUAUUUCGAAUGAGCUAUUGUAUUUUCGAAUUUUUAGGGGCCUGUAUUUCUGCGGGUUUUUCUCUUCUAGAAAAAAGGGUUACAUAUUCGAACUCAGCUCGGCGAGAGGAAUCAAAUAGUUUAUAUUUUUAUUUAGGUUCGGGCUCCCACGUGUACAGCGCUAGAUUUCUUCAAUUUUUUGCCACCAUAUUAGGUGUAUUAGUUAU